CCGGCAGCAGCUGCCGAGCCAGCCCAUCCCAGCUGUGGGCGCAGCGGGGUCGCGCCCGGCCGCGGGUGCCGAACCGCCGAUACCGGCGCAGCCCUGACCGCCUCGGCUGACAGUCAGGAGUCCCCGAGCGGCGAUUUAAAAUAAAUCUGCUAAAUAUUCUCGGUGCAAAACCGGAAAAUGCCUCAUUGGAAAGCUCUGGAGCCGACUGCGGAGCAAACGUGAGUGCCCAUGUGCCUCCGGCUCCGGGGAUGCUGAGGGGCCGGCAGCAUCCUCUCCUCUCCCCACCGCUCCCCGGAGCGGGGCCGCGGGCACCCGCCGGGACGCACCGCCUCCGCGGGGGGCCGGGCCGGGGCGGAGCCGCCGCGGAGCCGCCGCGCGGGCACCCGCGGUCAGCGCAGAGCCGCGGAAGACCCGCGCCGCGCCAUGCGCGACUACGAUGCGGCCACCGCCUUCCUGGGCGAGUGGGGCCGCUUCCAGAGGCUCGUUUUCUUCCUCCUCAGCGCCAGCAUCAUCCCUAACGGCUUCAACGGGAUGUCGGUCGUCUUCCUGGCCGGCACCCCGGAGCACCGGUGCGCGGUGCCCCGCAGGGCCAACCUGAGCGGCGAGUGGCUGAACGCCAGCAUCCCGCUGGAGCUGCGGGACGGCCAGGCGGCUCCGAGCCGCUGCCGCCGCUACAACCUGGCCGCGCUCGCCAACUUCUCGGCGCUGGGGCUGCUGCCGGGAUCCGAUGUGGAGCUGGGGUCGCUGGAGCAGGAGCCGUGCCUGGACGGCUGGGAGUACAGCCGCGACGUCUACCACUCCACCAUCGUCACCGAGUGGAACCUGGUGUGCGAGAACGACUGGAAAGCACCGCUGACCACCUCCCUGUUCUUCGUGGGGGUCCUCAUUGGCUCCUUCAUCUCGGGGCAGCUCUCGGACAGGUUUGGCAGGAAGAACAUCCUUUUUUUGACGAUGGCGGUGCAGACUGGCUUCAGCUUCCUGCAGAUCUUCUCUACCAGCUGGGAGAUGUUCACAGUGCUCUUUCUCAUAGUGGGGAUGGGACAGAUCUCUAACUACGUGGUGGCUUUCAUACUGGGAACAGAAAUUCUUGGCAAAUCAGUUCGUAUUAUAUUCUCUACAUUAGGAGUUUGCAUAUUUUUUGCAAUUGGCUACAUGUUGCUGCCACUGUUUGCUUACUUCAUCAGAGACUGGCAGAUGCUGCUGCUGGCGCUCACCAUCCCGGGGCUGUUCUGCAUCCCGCUCUGGUGGAUCAUUCCUGAAUCCCCACGGUGGCUGAUCUCCCAGGGAAGAUAUAAGGAGGCAGAAGUUAUUAUCCGAAAGGCUGCAAAAUUAAAUGGUGUUCCAGCCCCAGCCGUGCUUUUUGACACCACGGAGAUGCAGGAUUCGAAGCCUCAGCAGCAGCAGAAGGCUAUCCUUCUGGACCUAUUUCGAACCCGAAACAUUGCAACUAUUACUAUUAUGUCAAUACUUAUUUGGUUUUUCAUGUCAGUUGGUUACUUUGGCCUGUCCCUCAGCACUCCAAACUGGCAUGGCAAUGCCUACAUCAACUGUUUCCUGGCGGCUGUUAUUGAGGUUCCAGCCUAUGUCAUCGCCUGGCUUCUCCUCCGCUCCCUCCCUCGGCGCUACUCCUUAUCUGGCACCUUGGUUUUAGGGGGAGGUGUUAUCCUCUUCAUUCAGCUCGUGCCUGCAGAUUUUUAUGUCCUGUCUAUUGGUCUAGUGAUGCUUGGAAAAUUUGGCAUAACAGCUGCCUUUUCAAUGCUUUAUGUCUACAACGUGGAGCUAUACCCAACGCUAGUGCGAAAUAUGGCAGUUGGAGCUACUUCCAUGGCUUCCAGGCUGGGCAGCAUCCUUGCUCCUUACUUUGUUUACCUGGGUGCCUAUGACAGAUUCCUACCCUAUAUCCUGAUGGGAAGCCUGACUGUACUGAUUGGGAUCCUUAUCCUGUUUCUCCCGGAGAGCUACGGCAACCCCCUGCCUGAGACCUUCGAGCAGAUGCUGAAGGUGAAAUGUUUCAGAAACGGCCAACAAACCACUGACAUUAGGAAUUCAAAGGAGAGUCCUAAAAUUCUGGUAACACCUUUGUGAAGAAAGACACACACUCUCAGAGGGGCCUAAAGAAGAACAAGAUCUUCUCAAAAUGCAUUUUCUGCCAGAGGAAAACAAACAAAACCCAACAGUCAGUGCAACUGCACCAUAGUGAUUAUCCCCUGUGCUACUGUACCCAAAUACCGAGUUUACUGAGCAGAUGCUGUCUGGUAGGACUCUUAGUCUGUGAUGCAGUGUCCUGAUACCUGGGAUGUGAGAGCAGAUACAGAUUUGUCCCUGUUGAGAAAUGGGGGCCUACCUGUGCUAAGCCUGAUCUGAGGAAUAAGCUAGAAAUUAGCCUUAGGAAUAGUAGCAACAAUUACUCCAGUCGGUCAGAUAUUCAGUGAAAGCUGCUUAAAGGAAAAAAAAAAAGCUAGCAAACAUAACACUGGUGUUUUUCUUGCUGUACAUGUUUACUGGAUGAAGGGGAGCUGGGCAUCUGUCUUUGAAAAAUCUCAGUCCGUUCUCUUAAAAGGAAGAUUCUGGCCUCCUUUGAAAUCUGUGACCAAAGCCUGGUAGACUAAGUGGGAUCUGAAUUUAAUUGUACCAAAGCAGACACAGACUUCGCUGCAAGGACGUGUUUUUUAAACAAGAUAUCGGCUUAUCCUUUGAUGUUGCUUGUUUGUCUCAGGACCUGGGAUCCACUUGUCUCUGCUGAUGCUUUUUCAUAAAGCCUGAGCCCACUGAAAUCCUUGGGCUUCAUGAAUGUUCAAUGUCUUUGGGGCUGGGGGGAAAUCUCCAAAACAGAGUAAGGACUGUGGCUUGCUGACCUUCUGAUGGGCCGUGCCUGCUUUCCAAAGAAACAUGGGCUUUAGUGAGUCAAUGAUCGUGUCAAAACAUGCCGUGCAGCUUUGGCUUUCAGGUUUUUCAUGGUAUGUUGGCAUAAGCAGUUUUUUAGAUCUUUUGUGGGGUUUUUUUUCCAAAGCAUUUCAUUUCUCCUUUGGAUAUAUACCACAUUGUUCUGUACCUUUAGAGAAAGAUCACUGCCGUUUCAAAAGCCUCUGCAAAACCUUUGUACCAUUUACAAAUUUAAAGGGCAUUGGAUGCUUGCGAAAAGCUACCGUUCUGUACUGGAGAUGUCCACCUGCAGCUGUUAAAAAUGCAAAAGGACUAAUUCGGGACCACAGUUUUUCAAAACAAAAUGCCAACAAAACUGGUAUUUUGUUUUUCAAAUCCUACAGGUUAUACAUGCAUUAAAAAAACAAAACAAAAUAUUCAGGAAAUCUAGAUCGGAUGAAAACGAAUGUAGAGCUCAGAGUUGUGCUACUACUGUUUUAUGGACACUACAUGGUUUGAAAAAAGUAUAAUAACUUUUAUUUUUCUAUUUAUUAGCUAUGCAUGCACUUCUUAGCCACAAAAUCUGUCAGACCUUGUAGACUGAUUUUUAUCUGCUGUGAAUAACAGCCAACAAAAGCACAAUGUCCAAUCUUCAAUGUGAGAGUUCUUAGCAAGUAGUUCCAUGCUGGCACUAGGCACAGGGAUGAGGCUCUCCCUCUAAGUUCAAGCACAAAUAUGAAGCUUUGUAACAUUUAAAUGCAAGGAACUUGUGCAAUUAUUUCAAGCUGCUCUUUGGGAUGUGGAAAUACUAUUUACCUUCGACUUAAUUUUCUGCAGUUUUGCUUUUGCCAUAAAUGUAGUGUGGCAUGAGGAAAACAUUAUCCUGUGACUCUGGGUGUUCUCAUCCCUUCUCAAGCUGGAUUUUCUCUAAGAACAGCAGUAUUUAAUCUUGGUUUUACUUAUUAAAAAGUUAAUCUGUAGAAUAGCUGUUUAGACAUAAAUAAAUUUCUCAACAAAGCCUUUUUAUCAGUGUAGGGCAGGUUUGAGGACUUGGUUAAAUAUGGGUGGCCAUAUUUUUAUGAAGAUUUUUAUAUUAAGUAAGUUGAAACUUAUUUUAUGUGAUUGUAGGCCUGGGUAUUUCUAAAAGGUAAAUAUUUUUGUACUCUUGAACUUUGUAGUAUCUUAAAACCUAGUUUUCCAUUUUUAAGGGUUGUGGGGUUUCUUUUUAAAUAUCUUGUUUUAAUCAGUCUCAUUUUUCUUACUUAUACCAUUGAUCUCAAGCUGGUGCCCCAUUUUAGUACUUUUAAUGGCAGAUUUAAACCAAAAUCUUUCACAAGAGUGGAAUGCCUUUCUGAAAAGUAUGUGAUGAUGUUAAAGGGCCUGAUGGGGUCUGAGCAUAGUAAAAACAGGAAAAGGAGAUUGCUUCAGCUGAUGAAGCAUUUGCAAGGAGAAUUUCUGUCCUCUGCCAGUAUCUUUCCCAGGCUCACAGGGGGAUGUCUGAAGAAACCCAAACAGCAAUAGUCUGUGGAAGAAUCAAACAGGAAUGGAUCUGAGUGCCAGUGUCUGUAGAGUUACUAUUUGAAGAAAAUAACACUAGCUUAGUAGCUAUUGGCAGAAAUUAAAAGCAUUGCUAGUGAGCUAUUUAAGGCUCUCACAGCAACCAUCAGUGAGUUUUCUGUGUCAGAUGCCUGGUGGGGGCCACGUGUGCAGCUGGGGAUGCCUGGAAGGCUCUGACCUGGGGAUGGGAGGGAAGCACAGCCUGGAUCACUCCCACUGUGCCACCUCAAUCACCUUCCCUUGGGUCUCUCUGUGCAACCUUUGAUCCCCAGUUGGUCUAUUUGACCUGCUAAAGCAUAUACGAAACUGUAGUAACCAUCACUCGUUAACUUCUGUCUUCAUUGUAAUAAAAAUGUGCACUAGCAUUGUGUGACCUGCUUCCCAUGUGGUCUGUAAUUGAAGAAUAAAAUCUCCUAACUUUGA